CAGGGUCUUAUACGAGCUCUGAAGACAGUCAUCAGAGAGAAACAUCAGCGAAAUGGCAAGCAACUACAAAGUCGCAGACAUCAGCUUGGCAGCAUGGGGCCGCAAGGAGAUUGAGAUCAACGAGCACGAGAUGCCUGGUCUCAUGAACCUGCGCAAGAAGUAUGGAGCCUCCAAGCCUCUCGCUGGUGCUCGCAUCGCCGGCUGCCUUCACAUGACCAUCCAGACUGCCAUUCUCAUCGAGACGCUCACUGCGCUCGGUGCACAAGUAACGUGGUCCUCUUGCAACAUCUUCUCGACUCAGGAUCACGCUGCUGCUGCCAUCGCUGCUUCAGGCGUUCCCGUCUUUGCCUGGAAGGGCGAGACUGAGGAGGAGUACAUCUGGUGUAUCGAGCAAUCGCUCGCCGCUUUCCCAGAUGGCAAGCCUCUCAACAUGAUCCUUGACGAUGGUGGUGAUCUGACCGCACUCGUUCAUGAGAAGCACCCAGAAUGGCUCGAAGGUAUCAAGGGCGUCUCCGAAGAGACGACGACCGGUGUCCAUCAUCUCUACCGCAUGAUGAAGAAGGGUACCCUCAAGAUCCCUGCCAUCAAUGUCAACGACUCGGUCACAAAGUCUAAAUUCGACAACUACUACGGCUGCCGCGAGUCGCUCGUCGAUGGCAUCAAGCGCGCCACUGACAUCAUGCUGGCUGGCAAGGUUGCGGUCGUCGCUGGCUACGGCGAUGUCGGCAAGGGUUGCGCAGAGUCUCUCCGCUCAUACGGUGCUCGCGUUAUCGUUACCGAGAUCGAUCCGAUCAAUGCCUUGCAGGCUUGCAUGGCAGGUUACGAGGUCACCACAAUGGAAGACGCAGCCUAUAGAGCCAACUUGUUUGUCACCACGACAGGCUGCAGAGACAUCAUCGUCGGCAAGCACUUCGAGGCUAUGCCCGAAGACGCCAUUGUUUGCAACAUUGGCCAUUUCGACAUUGAAGUCGACGUCGCAUGGCUCAAGAAGACGGCCAAGGAGGCCAUCAACAUUAAGCCGCAAGUCGACCGUUUCACUAUGCCUAGCGGUCGCCACGUCAUCUUGCUUGCCGAGGGCCGUCUUGUCAACCUGGGCUGUGCCCACGGCCAUCCCUCGUUCGUCAUGUCCUGCUCCUUCUCCAACCAGGUGCUUGCACAGAUUGCGCUCUGGACCGACACUGCCUCUUACCCGCUCGGCGUCCAUGUGCUGCCAAAGGCUCUCGAUGAAGAAGUUGCCAUGGCGCACUUGGCGUCGCUCAACGUGAAGCUGACGACCAUGACUGACGCCCAAGCCGAGUACAUGGACCUGCCGAUUACUGGGCCCUUCAAGGCCAAUCAUUACCGAUACUAGGUAGCUCGCAUCUCAGCCUGUACUGACUACGAAAAGAGAAAGCCUUCA